AUGGAAAAUAUAACAUUGAUUUGGUAUGAUGAAAGCAUUAAUUCGACAGAAGACACCAAACAAACAGCUAAAAUGCUUCGCCAGAUAAAUGAUUAUGUCGUUUUUCACACCAACCACCGAACAUGUGCCGAAUAUGUUAAGUCGAUUCAGAAAGAAAAGAUAUUUUUGAUCAUCUCAGGAGCCUGCUCAACAGACAUUCUACCGCUUGUACAUGAUCUAGAACACAUUGAUUCAAUAUUCGUAUUCUGCAUGAAAACACAAAAAUAUGAAUAUCUACGCAAUGAAUAUUCGAAGAUCAUUGGAAUAUUCAAUGAACUAUCACCGCUUAUCGAUUCAAUCAAAGAAAAUGCUAAACUCGUUGAGAAACACAUACAAACAUUUAGUUGCUACAAGGAGGAAAACCAAACUUCAACUCGUGAUUUAUCCAAAGAAUCAGCAGCAUUUCUCUGGUUUCAAUUAUUUAAAGAUGUUAUUCUGAAAAUGCCUCAAACCGAACAGUCGAAACAAGAAAUGAUCAGAAUAUGUCGAGACUAUUAUCGUGGAAACAGUAAGGAACUGAAAUAUGUUGAAGAAUUCGAAAAUGAAUAUAAACCUGAUGACUCGAUUCGAUGGUACACAAAGGAGUCUUUCAUUCAUAAACUCAUUAACAAAGCCCUUCGAACAGAAGAAAUCGAACAGCUAUACAUAUUCCGACUUUUUAUUUCGAAUCUCUCCACUUGUCUUGGUAAGGAGAGCCAACGAAUCCAACGUGAACAAGCUCCCAUUAAUGUGUAUCGAGGAGAGAGAUUAUCGAAUGUUGAACUAGAAAAGCUAAAAGCAAAUGAAGGAAAAUUAAUAUCAAUCAACGGCUUUUUAUCAACUAGUCGCUCUCAUGAACUGGCAUUACGUUUCGCAUGUAAGCAGGCGAAAAGGACUGGUGUAUUUCCCGUACUAUUUCAUAUUCAAUGCUAUAUGACAGGAGAAUCAAGCGACAUCAUCUUCGCUGAUAUAACUGAAUUGAGUCAUUUCCCUGAAGAACAAGAAGUUUUGUUUGAUCUAGGAGCAGCCUUUCGAAUCGAAUCGAUUCACUUUGAAGACAAGCUUAAUCUGUGGCAUAUCAGAUUGAAAGCAACAAAUGAGGGAGCCCAAAUCGCACAAGAGUAUAUCGAACUAAACAAAAAAGAUAUUGAUGAGAGAACUGUCAGUGUUUCGAUCAUGUUCGGGCGUCUGCUUGCUGAUAUGGGACACUAUGACAAAUCACAAAACUAUUUUGAGAAACUUUUGACUGACUCAGCCGACGAAGAUGUAGCUUCAAUCUAUCACAAUAUAGGUCGAGCUCAAAAUUUUAAAGGUAAAUAUGACCAAGCUCUGGAGUCCUUCGUGACAUCUCUCAGCAUGAAAAGAAGUUUCCUUCCUUCGAAUCAUCCCAGUAUCGCUGACACUCUGAAUAAUAUUGGUGUGGUUUAUCGUUCGAAGGGCGAGUAUGAUCGAGCUCUGGAGUACCACAUGAAGUCUCUCGAAAUGAAAGAAAUUUGCCUUCCGUUGAAUCAUGCCAGUACCGCUGACACUCUCAAUAAUAUUGGUCUGAUUUAUCAAUCAAAGAACGAAUACGAUCGAGCUCUUGAGUACUACAUAAAAUCUCUCAAAAUGAAAGAAAUUUGCCUACUUCCAAAUCACGCGAGUACCGCUGUCACGCUCAAUAAUAUUGGUAUGGUUUAUGGUUUAAGGGGUCAAGAUAAUCUAGCUCUGGAACACUUCAUGACAUCUCUCAAAAUGAAAGAAAUUUGCCUUCCUCCGAAUCAUGACAGUACUGCUGCCACUCUCGAAAAUAUUGGUAUGGUUUAUCGAUCGAUGGGCGAAUAUGAUCAAGCUUUGGAGUACUACAUGACAUCUCUUAAAAUGAAAGAAAUUUGCCUUCCUCUGAAUCAUGACAGGACCGCUGACACUCUCAACAAUAUUGGUAUUGUUUAUGACUCAAAGGGCGAAUAUGACCAUGCUUUGGAGUACUACAUGACAUCUCUUAAAAUGAAAGAAAUUUGCCUUCCUCCAAAUCAUGACAGGACCGCUGACACUCUCAACAAUAUUGGUAUGGUUUAUCGAUCGAAGGGCGAAUAUACUCGAGCUCUUGAGUACUUCAAAAAAUCCCUCAAAAUGAAAGAAAUUUGCCUUCCUCAGAAUCAUGCUAGUACCGCUGAUACUCUCAAUAAUAUUGGUCUGGUUUAUCAAUCGAAGAGCGAAUGUAAUCGAGCUCUUGAGUACUUCAUAAAGUCUCUCAAAAUGAAAGAAAUUUGCCUUCCCCCAAACCAUGACAGGACCGCUGACACCCUCUAUAAUAUUGGUCUGACUUAUCAGUUAAAGGGCGAAUAUGCUCGAGCUCUCGAUUAUUGUACAAGUGGCUUGCAUAUCUAUAAAAGUAAGUUCCAUCAGGAACACCCAGUCAUACGCACAAUGCAGAAGACUAUUCAAGGAAUUAGCGAGGCCAGUGCAAAAUUGCACGGAAAGGCUGUCAAGUUAUUAUGGUUUUUUAAAUAA